UCUCGUCCUCCCCGUCUCACAGGAAACAAGUGAUUCAGGAGAGCUGAGCGUCCUGAGGGGAACUUUAGUGUGGAUUUUCUACCUUUCGUGUCUCAGUUCAGCAAUGAGGAAACGCCUGAUUCAAAUUUUCGGCUUUUUGAUCUCGUCACUGGGGUGGCUCUUCGUGCUGUGCACCAUGGCUAUGGACUACUGGAGGAUUACCCAGCUGGGGGGACAGGGGGGCUCCUUCAUCAUCAAGGUGGCCUGGUACUGGUCCAACCUGUGGAAGGACUGCUUCACUGAUUCAACUGCAGUCACCAACUGCAGGGACUUCCCGGUGCUCUGGAGCGUCACCUAUUACGUCCAGGGAACAAGAGGAUUACUAAUGUGUGGCUUGGCUCUUGGGUUUUUCGGUGUGACUCUUUGCUUCGUUGGGAUGGAGUGCACUUAUAUUGGCGGCGGUGAAACAAUUAAGGACAAACUGCUGUUUUCUGGGGCAGUGUUUCAUUUUUGCGGUGGUGUGUCAGACAUCGCUGGUUACUGCUUAUACAUCAACAGGGUUGCCAGAACCGCCUUUGCUCCCAGUAUAGGACCUGGAGUCUUACGGUAUGACUUAGGACCGCCCAUAUUUUUAGGCCUGGUGGGGGCUUUCUUGAUCAUGUUUGGCGCCGUUCUUUAUGCCGUCACAGUCUGCAGAGUGAUCUGUCCACAGAGCAGAGUGGUGGAAAUCUAUGGGGGAGGAGGACGCACUUACAUGGCCCCUUACUCCAGAGGCAGGACCCUGUACAAUGGAUACUACCGUCCGUCCAGGCAGUACGACUCGUACUACUACGGCUCAAGACGGAGCAACAGCUCCAAAAUCUCAAAGCUCUCUCAAACAGCACCCACCAAACUCUCAGACAGAGACGCAUUUGUAUAGUCAGCCUUCGAUUUCAGAUAGAUCAGAUCGGAUUAACCAACAAAUGGAGAUGCUCACAUGGAAUUUCAUUAUAUAUUAAACAAUAAAGCGAUUCCGAGUGUGGAUAAAAAAAUCAGCUGUCAUGCCCUGAACAUGAUUUGUGUUUGUUGACCAAGUCAUUCUUGGAAUAAAAUAAACUGUCUUUGUUUACUGUUACUCUGUUAAUAUUGCUGUGAUAUAAGCAGAACCUGUAAAGGAUACUGAUGAUGAUGAGUGGAUAUUUAGUAAUAAGAAAAAACAUUUAAUAAAGAUGCACCUUUUAAUUUUCA